GAAAUCAGGGACCGGAAGUAGUGCAUUUGCAUUCAGGUUAUCCGGUAACUUCUGUCAUCAAGUAUUCCAGCGAACUAGCCGCCCAAAGACAAACUAAGACCACAAUUCGGACUUUAACGGAAUAUGGAAGCGAAUAAACCACUUCAGACCUCAGCUGGACAAACCUCUGGACCAGACGAGGUGGCCAGAAAGGCAGGAGCUGAAGCCAAGGAGGCCAACCGCCUGGAUGAAGUUCGUCUGGUGGUGUUGGGAUGGAGGUGGCCGGGGAAGAGCUUGACAGGCAACACCAUCUUAGGCAGAGAGGAGUUUCACUUAGAGCGAGCUGCUGAGUUCUGUGUUACGAGGCAGACGGAGGUGCAGGGACGACAGGUGACAGUGGUGGACACGCCAGGAUGGUUCUCUUCCCAGGAUACUCCGCCUUCCUAUAAACAGGAGUUAGUCAGGGGAGCCUCUCUUUGCCCUCCAGGUCCACACGCCUUCUUGCUCGUCAUCCCUGUUGGCAUGUUCACCGAGGUGGACCGUGCUCGCGUUGAGGAACACGUGAGCCUCUUUGGGGAGGAUGUGUGGAGGCAUACAAUUGUGGUGUUCACCUGGGCGGAGGUGUUGAAGAAGAUCUCCAUCGAAAGGUACAUUCGUAGGGAGGGUAAAGAUCUGCAGUGGGUGCUGGAGAAAUGCAAGCGGAGGUACUUUGUUAUUAACAACUGCGAAUUUGGGGAGAAUCCCCAAGUGGGACACUUAAUAGAGAAGGUGGAGAAGAUGGUGGCAAAAGAGGGUGGGCACUACAAUCCAGAAGUGGCGAAGGAGAAGAAACCUGUAGAUGAGAACCGGAAUUCGUCCAAGGAGGCAGAGGAGCUGGGAGCCCAGCCCAAACAAAACUCUGAAGUGGGUUUGUCAAAAGCCAGAGAGGUGGAGGCGCUUUCAAAUUAACGAGACAUUCAUGGCUGACGGAGCCUCUAACUCACAACUAACGAAGCCUCUUCCUUACUGAUCUGACGGAAAAGCUGCUGGUGUGUUGAGAGGAAAAAAUGGUAAAAAAUACCAAAACAACUGAAAUGUUACUGAAUGUAAAAAUCAAUGUGAUGUAUUUAUUUCAUUUUUUAAAUCAGUCGUGGACAUUUUUAAGGAGCUCACUGUGAUAUAGGAGUGCUUUAAGCCCUUUAGUUCAUGUUGUCCAGAGACUUACUGUCCCGCUUUUACCCGGAAUUAAAUCUAGUUAAUCUUACUAGGUUUGCGUUACUGUCUUGUGGGGGGUGGUGUGAUGAAAUCUCGAACAAAAACACAAGUUGUUACAUAGAUAUUGCCAAAUGUAGUGUGUACACUCCUUACCGGAUACCAAUGGCAGAACUGCACUACUAAAUUUUCCCUGUAAUAUCCUGUUGAUGACUGGUGAGGGGAAUUGCUUUGCAAAUAAUUCCCAUUUGUUGUGACCAAACUGUAAAUGCGUUUCUAAUGUUGUGUUAUUACACACACGUGUGCAUAUUUAAGGCACUUGAGCAGUUACUGUUUUUUUUUUUUUGUCUUUUUUUGAUUUGUUUUUUUGUGGUUGUCUUGAUGUGUUGCCUUAAAGCAGUGAUGUCUGUUUUAAAUCGAUCUUUUAGAUGAUUAUCAUGUUGCAGAAGGAUAAUUUAAAGGGAUGAGCAACUAUUACUCAAUAUACAGGAAACUUAGGUUUUGGUUUAAAUCAUUUUCCAGCAAAAUAUGAAUUUAUGGUUAAUUAUCUCAUAGCAAAUUCAGUGUCUUUGUGUUUGGGGAAAAAGAUUCAAUUUCAAGGUGUUUCCUUUGUUUCUUAUAGAUUUGAGAUUAUGUUUCCAAUAAUCUGAGAGUACAGAAAAAGUAGGUCAAGCCGGCUACCAAAACUCGGGUUGAACAACUUGAGGUUGUCUUGAGGAGUUUCUGGUUUCGCCAGAAGUUAAGACAUAGAUGUCCACAGAUGUCUAAAUCAAGCCUAAUGCUAUAGUUAGUCUAGGAAUGACAGUGGUUCGAGACUGCAGUAUGACCAUAAUUAUUCUGAGCGUUGCAAUGAAGUUGUGAUUUUGUUGCCUUUGAGAUGAUGGUUUCAAAGACAGGGACCAGGUCUGCAACCGCUCACAGUUAGUUGCCGUCCUCAAAGCAUCUUCCUUACAUUUUCCUAACUGCUUAUCCAGUUCAGGGUUUCGGGGGAGGCUGGGGCUUAUCCCAGCUGCUACGUACAGUUUGGAAAAUAAUUAUUUAAUCCACUGCGAAUUUGUAAGUUUGCUGAGUGGCUUGAGGUCUGCAGACUGGCUAAGCCACUCCAUGGACCUUAAAGUGCUUCUUCUUUAGCUACUUCUUUGUUGCCUUGAUUUUGGGUCAUUGUCAUCCAAGACCCAUCUUCAGUGCUCUGGCUGAGGGAAGGAGGUUUUCGUCCAAUAUUUUAUCUUACAUGGGCCCAUCAAUGCAGUGAAAUCAUCCUAUAUGCAUAGCAGAAGAACAGCCCCAAAGCAUAAUGUUUCCCCCUCUGUGCUUUACUGUGGAAAUCAUGUUCUUUGGGCCAUACUUGGCAUUUCUCUUCCUCCAAACACGGCAGGUCGAGUUGAUGCCAAAGAGCUCCAUUUUGGUUUCAUCUGACCACAGCACCUUCUUCCAAGCCUUCUCUGAAUCAUUUAAUUGUUAACUGGCAAGUUUUAGACGGGCCUGUACCCUGCAGGUGCUGCAAAAUUUCAAUCCAUUAUGGUGUAGUGUGUUACCAACAGGCUUACAGAUUCAUCAGGGGAUCAAAUAAUCAUUUCCUCUCAGUACAUUUGACUUUGGGAUGAAACUCAUGCAGACACAGGGAGCACAUGCAAACUCAUGCAAAGAACAGUCCCAGCCAAAUGGGACACCAUGCUGCUUACUGAAAGAAAAUGCUGACUUGUUUCCUCAGAUUUUGUGAUUUGGAAGUUCAGACUGUAAACAUAACUUUUGUUUGUUUACAGGAAAAUGCCUCCGGGCACAGUUGUUUUUUUUUGUUUGCAGAAAAACACAGCCUGGUUCCAGCAGGGUGUACAAGCAUGAUGUAAGAUUCCCACCUCUUUGUUUUCUAGGUAGUACUACAUUGAUUCAUAGAUUGUAGUACUGUAGGCAGGCCACUUUGGUCUUUUGAGACUCAUUUAGUACCUUUUCAAGGUGAUCUUAAAAUGAUAGAGUCAGCUGUUCCAUACAGACAUUUAAAUCUUCUUUGAGUAGACGUAUAACACCUUUUAUAGUCCACAAACUUUACCCGAGUCCUCCCUGGGUUUAGGCCUUGAAGCUGCCAGCGUGCCUGUAUUUACUGGGACUUGAGAGGACGGGCACAAACUUGUGCACACAGCACAGCUAUUGGCCUUAAAUAUGUCCAUUCUCUAUUUUUUUUUUCUUUGGAUUAACCUUCAUGCUGUUGGGUAUUACCAGAGAAAGUGUUAGUUUCAAAGUUGGCCUUCAAUCUUUAAUUUUCUUUAAAUGUCACGGGUCAGUCUUCACUUCUGGCUAUAGAUGAGGAGCUUGAGCUAGAUAGAAGACCACAAUAUUAACCAACUGAAAUAAAGCCAUUUAUGUGUAUAUAGUUCAAGUCCUUUGUAUUUAUUUAUAGUAAUGAAUGAGUACAAUAAAAAUAACCACACACUCUCAGAUAUACACUAUACCUGUUUAAUCCAGUUUGGGACAAUACUGACGUGUUGGUUGAAGUUUAAUGCUGAAACCUGAGAUGUACAACAGAUCUGCUGGCAACCAAUCAUAAACAAGCACCUGAGGAGUAGAGAUUCCUGAUAGGUCAUGCUAGCUCAGUCAGAUACAGGUACUGCUACAUAUGUGUGUCACUCUUGAUUUACUAUCUCUUGUAAACACCAAUGAGUGUAUGAUUUAAAAAAAAAAAAGUUUAAAAAAACCCCGACUUAGUACAAAUACAUGCUUGUAUGUAUGUAUGUAUGCAUACACAGGCUGCUGUAAGAAUCUCCCGAGGCAUGAAAUCCAUCUUUGUAGCAGUUCUUCUGGAUGCUUUGAUCCUGUUUGAUCUCAGAUGCAUUUCUCAGUUAAGCAUGUGAAUCCAGUUACUCCUAAGUAAUUCAUGGACGAAGAGUCAUCUCUCUCUAUACUUUGCACUCCCGUUACACUAUAUGGAAUCAGCUGUAAUUAAACUGGCGUUACUUCAAUGGGAGCUACCAUGUCUGUUUUUUCUGUCAAAUAAAUGUAUAUAUUGCAAUCUC